AUGUCAUCCGUAUGUAUGCCAUUCACACCCGAUGCUGAUCGAGAGUCAGUCAGUUCACCGCUGUUACGAGACGCCAACUUCCAAGAUACUGCAAUCGCUAAAAGAGAUCCAGAUGAUGACACAAUAUUACCAGUUAGACAGAAACGGGCAAUGGCAAUCACAACGGUCAAGCCAACAACAUUCAAAUCGACAGCCCAUACUACGCUUUUUUUACUGAAAGAUGUCAGCAGACAAUAUAUUGUUGUGGCUGGUAGUAAAAUCUUGCAUAAUAUUGAAACGAACGCUGUAAUAGCUAAUGUCGAUAUGGUAAUCGCUAUGGAAUCUUCGUCUUUUACAGCCGACAGAAGAGCUGAAUUUGUAUAUGGGAUUGCUGCUGCAUUGCAUGUACCAGCACGAAAUGUUAUUAUUGAUAAAAUUAUGGAAAGCGAUGUUAUUAUCGAAUUCUAUGUGAUAAAACCUCACGUUACACAGUCGACAUUUCAUCUGGAUGCCAACUCAAAUUUAAGCAAGAUUCUAUACCCUGCUAAAGACGUAGUAGAAAAGUUAACACCUAGUGUACUUAGAACUUACUUGUCUGAAUUUAAGGUGACUGAUGUUCAUCCUAAGUAUAAAUUUAAUAAUGGCCCCAAAGAACAUGAAUUAACUAUUUGGAAUCAGUACUGGUUUAUUGGAGCCAUGGCAACGGCAUUAUGGCGGCGUUAUAAAUUUCGAAAGCAAGAAAUAGAACAUAGAGAUUUCGAGAAACAACUUCCUCUAUUACUUCCUGGACAUUCACCGCUUGGUAAUAGUGAACAGAGAUAUAUACAACCAUGGGAUGAUCCAAGUGUCGUUGAGAACGAUUGGUUACAAGUAUCACAAUAUCAAUCGCAUCCACGAAGCCUAGCAGCGAGGCGUAAUGUACCGAGACUGCCGUUACCUUUAGGAGCUAAUGUUAUAAAGCCGGUAAAUCCUAGUCCUCCUAGAGAUGAGAUAUUUCAAAGAAAAAGUCGUGUAUUAGACAGGCAAGAGCUACAGGAAGCGUUGGACAAUGGUUAUAAGAAUGAACCUCGCGCUUUUAUUGCUACUCAAGGGCCGCUUCCAAACACUAUCGAUGAUUUUUGGAGAAUGGUCUGGUUUCAAAAUGUUUCACUUAUAAUUAUGAUUACGAAAGUCCGAGAAAAGAAUCUUAAUAAAUGUGAAUAUUAUUGGCCAAAUUCUGAUCAAGGCCAAGUUACUUAUGGCGAAAUUAAGGUUACUUUAGAAAAUAUCUGCGAAAGAGAGGGAUAUAUAGUUAGUCAACUUAAGCUUGAAAAUACCAAGAUCACGGAAUCACCUAGGUAUGUCUAUCACUUUUGGUAUACUUCUUGGCCAGACCAUGGUGCUCCUGAUUCAGCUAGGCAACUUUUACAGCUAGUAAAAGAAGUUAGAGUAAAACGACAGGAAUUGUCUACCGGUCCUAUUGUAGUACAUUGCAGUGCUGGCAUUGGACGCACCGGUUGUUUCAUCGCGAUAAGCAUUGGUAUAAUACAAUACGAGAUGGAAAGAGUGGUAGAUAUUUUAAAUAUAGUUUCAUCGAUGCGGGAAGACAGAGGAGGACUGGUUCAGACAUUGGAACAAUAUGAAUUUGUAUAUAAAGCAAUGUAUUUAUUUAGUCGAGAAUACGACAAUAAUAGGAGUAGACCUCUCGUAUUGGGAAAUACGCUUAAUUGA